CCUUGCUUUGACCUUGCGAAUUGCAUCAUGCUUCAUAAAUCAUACUUCGCGCCCCCUGGGAUUCCAUGGAUUUUCCCAUCAUUCCCGGAGAUUCCCGUCGUGCCCCGCGCGCCAACAUGGCUUCCAUGCCAGGAAAAAGUUGCCCUGCCGCUGGAAUCUCGUCUUGAACCGGCGAAAUUCCGGCGAAAUGUGAAGUUUUCAGCGCCACAACAACGCAGACAAACACCAAAAACAAUGACAGAAGAAGCAGGGCAGGAAGCCAUGCAAGUGCCUUCAUCCAGCAUCAAGGAGGAGGGGGGGACGACAGCUCUCGGAUCAGUCCUGGGCAUGAUGCUCGGAGACAGAAGAAACAUAAAGCAGGAGGGGGAGGCAGCAGUACACGGAACAGCCACGGGAACGGUAGAAAGAGAAAGAAGAGCAGAGGACGAGAGAAUGCUGAUCGAACAGGAGCAAGCAGAGGGAGGGAGCAUGGAUCAUGGAAUGGCAGAGGGAGGGGGAACUGAGGAAGGAACAGCCGCGAGCAGUCCGACCAAUCAUGUUCGAGGAAAGAAGCUGGUGUGUGAAGAGUGUGGAUUGGUGUGUGCAUCGCCCAACGUACUGACGGUGCACAUGAGAUCUCAUACAGGCGAGAGGCCGUACAAGUGCAAUCUGUGUUCUGCUGCGUUCACCCAGAAGGGGAACCUGAUCCGACACACGAAGACCCACUCAGACGAGCGGCCGUUCCGCUGCAGCCACUGCAGCUACACCUGCCGCAGGAAGGACGCGCUCGUGGGGCACAUGAGAACACACUCAGGUGAGAGACCGUACAGGUGUAACUGGUGCUGGAGGUCGUAUAAACAGAGGCUGUCGCUCAGAGAACACAUGGAAAGAUGCUGCGCAAGAAAAGACAUGUUGCUGCUGCAGGCCCCGCCCGCCGACCUGGCGUCCAAUGGGAGAGCAGGGAAGAGGAAGAGCAGCGUGCCUCAGCGUUACGUGGAGGAGGAUGGGGAGGGCGAGGAGACCAGCCGAGGGAGCGAGGGGGUGGAGGACAUGGUGUUCGAACAGGAACACAAGAGCCCUGCCUGUGAGCUGGUGCAGGGCCAUGUGAUGGAGCAGGCCAUCAGCAGUGCUAUCCACUACCUGGGUGCCGACUCUCUACAGCAGCACAGCGCUACAAAACAGGACACAGGACUGGGCACGUCACCUAUCAUCAGUGCUGUGUUCUCACAGGGCUUUCCUCGCCCCCCUGAGUCAGAUUUGGACCGACCCGGCACCAGUACAGAACACGCUGCUGCUCACAACAAGUCGUUCCGUGACCUGACCUCCCCGUACGCCGGCCACUGUCCCGCCCCGCUACACAUGGACAGGGACGGACCCGCCGAGAACGGGCACGAGUCUGACAGCCUCACCAGCCCCAGCAGGGACUCCGCCAUUGCAGAUGAGAACGCCUCGGAGGGCAGCCUCCACUCUCCUGUCAGCAGCCAGAGUCGCGGCAAGCGGACGGAAAGUUCCGGAACCAUCCAGGGCCUGAAGGUAGUGGAUGAGAGAAGCGAGGAGGUGCAGGCCUUCAGGUGUGAGUACUGCCGGGUGCUGUUCCUGGACCACGUCAUGUACACCAUACACAUGGGUUGUCAUGGUUACCAGCAGCCUCUACAGUGCAACAUCUGUGGUUACCUCAGUCAGGAUAGGUACGAGUUUUCCUCCCAUAUUGCACGGGGAGGACACCACUGACUGGGGUAACUGGGUUUGAAUAGAAUCUUUUCUGACAGAAUGACGUAACCUUGUGAGUCAAGGUCAACUGGAAUAGGAAACAUUUUGCUAGCUCUUUCAAAGUGGUGAAAGAACAAGUUUUCUACUUAUACCCCUCGAAGGUUGUUGGUAGCUUUAUACAAACAAAAAAUAUUCUGAUAAAGGCUCUCAUCAGUUUUGUCCACUGCAUGCUACAAAAUGUAUUGAAAUGGUGGCUUGUUGAUGAAUUUGGUCUUAAUUUCAGGUGAGGCAAGCCAAGCUAGCCCUUAUGGGUUCAUAGUUCAUAGGUCAUGACCUUCACAAGGUCAUGCCACUGUCCAGUACAGGGUGAUACGAUUGUAAAGAAACCAGGUAACAAAAGGUCACUCGCUUGGUACGUUGAUGAAGGAGAGACAUACAGACAGAACAUUACAUUAUAUAAUACGAAAUAGAUGAAGCACCUGGAUAAAUUCUUGUUUCAGAUGACAUGCACUAUCUGUCAUUGAUGACUGAGAAUCAAACAUGUUGAACUUCUAUGUGUAUGAUGUAAGUUAGCGGAUGCUACCUGAAACUUCAGACUGUUCAGAGAAUUUACCCAGUUGUUUCGUGUAUGGACUCUCUUGACUUGGUGCCCCAGCCGGGUACUGGUUCCUGCUGAGUGACUUGCCUUGUCAGUCAGUUCACUCAAGAACAGCUAGCCUUUUUAUCCAGGUUCAUUUCGUAGUGAUAUAGUCAGAUUUUUAUGAGCAAAUUGUUAUAAAUAUGUACUUCAUACAGGUGGCCAGAAGUGUGAUCAUGUGAUAAAAGAUACUCUUUUAUAGGCAAACCAAAUGGAUGGUUGUAUACAAAAGAUUAUAAAGUCUAGAAUUUAAUGCUGAAUUACUAUAUAAAGAUAUGUCCAGAGUGCCUAAGUGUACUACUGAUAGCUGCUGCUGAGGUGAGGUGUAUUGGUACAGGUUAGACUUUAUUUUAAGCCUGCAGACUGCUUUUAACAAGUGUUUUUGAGGAGUGAAGUGACUUCCACGUCUGUCUGCUGACUGGGUCAGUUUUUACGUUAUUUUUCCGAGAUUUUUUGAAAGUGAUUUUUUUUCUUGAUUGCAGGUUGGCAGGUUUGUCACACACACAUAGUGCUGCUAUAUAUAGUAGGAGUUGUGAUUCUGCUUGUUGCAUUUUCUCUGCCUUGUGUACCUUUAGGCCUGUCAGCUUUCUAAACUACUUACUCUGUUUCAGAAGGGUGCCAUCAACAAGGUUUUGUGGCACCGAAAACCCAACAUUCUAACUCCAUACACCCAAUAUACUGUAAUUCACUUUAUGUUCUUGGUAGCAAAAUUUAAUGGUCUGAGAAAAAUGGACAUGUUCAAGGAACUAUAUGUUCACGGUGGUGACAGGUCCAGGAAUUAUUUGUUAACUGUAAUGAUAAGUUCACUGUACAGAAGCGACAGUAAAAACAGUGAACAUAAAAGUGCCGUGAAAAAAAUCAGGAAUUACAGUAUACAGACAAAAUUAAGAAAAAGAAACAGUUUAAAAAGCUGCUUGAACCAAAGGUAUCUAAGGCCAGAUUACUGACUGCUGAUUGUGAAUUUAGAGACUACAUCUAUGCUGUGAGCAGAGGUUAUAUAUGGGCAUGAAAUGUCAUCUUUAAAUUAUGUAUGAACAUUAAUUUUUGAAAUGUAGAGAGAUUCUAUCGGUGAAUGAUGUGUUAUAUAUUUGAGGAGAAAAGAAUAGAAAUUAUAUAGGAUUCUGACUUAUAAACAUCUAUAUCUAUACAUGAUAUAUACAUAUAUUGGUGAACAAAGAGAAUGACUUUUAUGUAUUAUUAUCUUAAUUUCAGGACAGCAUAGCUGCCUAUCGUCAUGCCUAAUGAUUUUUACUGGCGUCAGAUUAUUUACACGCACAGUUAUGGUAACCUAUGGUGCCUUUUGCAGGUUAUCUCGGGUGGUUUGAACAUUGAAUUAAUUGAUUUUGAUUAAUUUAGGUACUGUGAUUAUCUUGUUUGCAAUUGACUGAUGUAUCUUUAAACAACACCAAUCUGAACCAUGGAAAAUAUUCCCCAAAUGGCAUCAUUUUGUACAUGACCUUGAGAAAGGUCAUACAGUGCCUUAAACUUUGUUAACGUGAGGGAAAAUUUCUACCAAAGUCACCUCAGUGCCAGUUUAGUUUGUUUCACUAAUGAAGGUCAUUAAUCAAGGUCACAAAGAUGGCUGCCUCCAGUCAUGUGAUGAUUGUACUGAUUAGCAAACUUUGAUAAGUAGAGGAAAAGAAGAAAUGUGAUUUUCAUAGUGUGGACACAAGACGAGAGAUUUUAGAUUAUGACUGUUUCUUAAGAAACACUUUUGGUUUACCAGGAAGGUUUUUACAACAAGAAUUUGUCGUGAUGCGAGAUAUGGGGAUUACAUGUCAGAUGAUGUGUACUUGAGUUUGAUAAUGUUGAUAUCCAUGGUGAGACAUGAUGGUUAUAGAGAUGAGAAAAUCUGCUGCUUACAAUUGGUUUGAAAUCUGUGUCUCUCCUUUUUAACAGUUGGAUCUCUGGUAUGUCUUCUGAAAUAAAAAGUCACAAGCAGAGAUGUGAAAGAAUAAUUAUUGUUACAAGGAGGUACCAGCAAAUUAAGGGUACAUGUAACUGUUAGGUUGGAUGUGGAGGCUGAAGUCUUGAUGGCCAGUAUUGAGACAUGUCUACUCUAAAUACUUUUUUCAAAUUUUGCUUUUGAUGAAACAAAAAACAUUUACCCGGUCAGAUUUCAUCUAUAUAUACAAGCAUGGAAUAUGUUUGGGGAUGUUGCCAAAUUUUCCUAUGAACAAAGUGGAAAACAGUUUUUGCAUCCUUGACUUGGAGCAGCCACUCAGAGACCUUAUACGAUUUGUCAAUCAAAUUACAUGCAAUAGACAGUGCCACUUCAUGAACAGGGUCACUUGCGUAACGGCAACAGAUAUCUAAUAACCUGCAUCAGAUAAUUCUGUAGUUAGUAUGCUUUGGGCAACAUGGCAAGAUAUGUCUGACCAAGCACAGGCAAGUCUACAUACAUGUAUUGGAAGAAAGAGGCCAUUCUGGGAGCUACAUGUAUCUUUGGUAGCAGAAUAGAUUUCUGUAAAGAUGGGAUAUAAUAUAAAUUGAUAUCUAUCCCUUUAAGUACACCUGGGUCAUAGGGCACAGUAAAAUGUACACUUACAAUACUUAGGGUUGAGGACUUGAUACAUUAUUUCUUUUCUUUCCCUCCUUGUUCUCAUACAUAUUCUUGAACAAUAAUACAAAGUAGAAUUACCCUAUUGAAUAAUGCUU